AUGGACUCGGUUCGUCAGGUGUCGCAAGAUUUGGAUUCCCUCGCUCAAGCCAUCGUUGCAAAGAAUAAGGAAAUUGAUAACUUGAAAACUGAGCUUAACCGUCAAAUUAAUAUUGUUAAUCGAUAUAUUGAGCUACUAGUUGGAGAUCAGUUGCAGGAUAGUGAUAUCCCCGUCGCUGAUUUGGAAAAAAUUGUGAUUGAUCAUCCUUGCCCCAAAUGCAGUAAUGAGGAUGUCAUUGUUGUACCUCGUCACAAGCUUAAACUAGUCGAAACCAGACUGAUAACGGAAGAGUCUCAAUCAGUCGAUCAAGCUCCUCACAGGCCAAAAUACACUCCACCCAAAACACAAGGCUCAGGGAAAAAGACAUGUUCUUAUUGCCACGCUCCAGGACAUAAACGUGCCAUGUGUCCGGAGCGACUUGCCACCCCAAAAGAUCUGCAUUCCUAA